AUGUUUGGAAGAGGGUCUCCGAGGUUGAAUUUUAUCCAAGUUGUAGCUGUCCAAAGAAAGCCAUCUCCAAAAAUUUCAAGAGAUCAAAAGAAAAAGGCAUCGCCAAAAGCUGUACUUGAUCGUUCAAGAGCAAGUUGGAACACAGGACUUGAAAAGGCUUUGGUUAACCUACUACAUGAUCACAACAAUGACUGUUAUAGGAGUCAGAAUGGGUGGUUCAUAGACACAUGGAACCGAAUCGUCAAAUCAUUCCAUAAGAAGUUCCCCUAUGUCAAAUUUACAAAGGUUCAAAUUCAAUACAAAGAGAAAGAGCUGAAGAGGGAAUAUAGAAUUCUAAAAGAAGCAAGAAAACAAAGCGGUGUGUCAUGGGAUCAUAAGCUGUGCAGGAUUGAAGGAGAUGAAGCUGUUUGGAAGAACGUCAUUACUGAGAGAUUUUUUGUCUCUUGCUCAUAUUAA